AUGGACUUGAACGCAGGAAGGUUGAGAGCGCAUGGAGGGGGAAGGAUGGAGGGAGGGGUGGAGGGAGGGGCGGAGGGAGGGGCGGAGGGAGGGGCGGAGGGAGGGGCGGAGGGAGGGGCGGAGGGAGGGGCGGAGGGAGGGGCGGAGGGAGGGGCGGAGGGAGGGACGGAGGGACGGAGGGACGGAGGGACGGAGGGAGGGAGGGAGGGAGGGAGGGAGGGAGGGAGGGAGGGAGGGAGGGAGGGAGGGAGGGAGGGAGGGAGGGAGGGAGGGAGGGAGGGGGGGAGGGGGGGAGGGAGGGAGGGAGGGAUUGAGGGAGGGAGGGAGGGAGGGGGGGAGGGAGGGAGGGGGGGAGAGAGGGAGGGGGGGAGGGAGAGAGGGAGGGAUUGA